AACAAGACCUCUUCAUAUCUGACUCCACCAUGUCACGGCUGGUGAUCAUAUCACUGGUCUGCCUGUGCACUGUGACUGGUUUCCAUAGAGUAUCUGCUGAAGCUGAAGCUGACUCCUUCAAGGACCGGAUAAGCAAGGCCUUCGCGAAGGAGGUGUCUGCCAUCACUGACCCUCUCGCCAAGACCAUUGUGGGCGUCGGCUUCAGUCAAUGCAAGUUCGUGAAGAAGUUAUUCGGAGUGGACUACGAUUCGAUUAGUAAGAGUGAGCCCAACUUGAGUGAACUCAAACUUACCUUUAUCACCAGAGAGUUCAACGUGACGUACCUCCUGGGUGCGGCCCACUCACUGGUGCGCGCGUAUUGGCUGAACCCGCGUCUCCCGCUCAAGAUCUACAUGCACGGCUUCACCGAUGACCCCUCCAAGGGUAGCUUCUCCAGUCUCAGCCAGGCUUUCCUCAAAAAAGGUGACUUCAACAUCUUCGCUUUAGACGCGAGCUUCCACAUCCGCUCGCUGUACCUGCGCUCCAGCACCAUGGUGCGCUUCAUAGGCGAGGAGCUGGGCAAGCUACUGGCGGCCCUGGUCCAAGCCGGUCUCAACCCCUCCGACAUCCACUUGAUCGGGCACAGCCUCGGGAGCCACAUCUCAGGGUUUGCAGGCAAGUCCUUCACGGCGCUGACCGGCCACCGCGUCGGCAGGAUCACCGGCCUGGACCCCGCGGGACCCUGCUUCUCUGACGUCAUUGAGACCUUCAGGCUGAACGCUAAUGAUGCUGACUUCGUGGAUGUCAUUCAUAGUGAUGCUGGCGUGUUUGGCGUUGCAGAGUCUGUUGGUCACGUGGAUUUCUACCCAAACGGUGGGUCUCAGCAGCCGAACUGUUCCCCCACGGAUAUCUCAUGCAGCCACAGCAGAGCAUGGCUGAUAUUCGCGGAGUCGGUGGUCAGACCUCGCGCUUUCGUCGGCGUUAAGUGCGACAGCUGGAACGCCUUCAGGGAAGGCCAGUGUGAUUAUCAAGAUUUGAGUGUGAUGGGUUACGGGGCACGCACCGGCGCGAGGGGCGCCUACUACCUGCAGACGAGUGACGAGGAGCCCUACGGCCGCGGCGUCGAAGGCAUGCGCUUCAUCAACAACGACGGGCUCGUCAAGAACUUAGCCAAUGCCAUAGGAAAAGCUGCGGGAUAGUCCAUAGAGAACCAAGUGUGAGACGGACAAGAAGAGUUCCUGAAAUUGUACAAAAUGAUGAACAAAGAAAGAAGAAAGAAACACCAUCUAUUCAUACAAAGCUCGUUUCUGUAAAGAGUUCCUUAAAAUAUUUUGAUAAUUCUUCUUUAAAGUAUUUGUUUUUAUAGCGGAUAGAACAAGACAUCUUCUGUGAACAAUUCAAUUCUUCUUUGAAUUUUUCUGUUCACGAGAUACAUGAUAGUGACAGACACACAGUGAGGUUUUGUUUUAACCGACGGGUACGGAUCCUUAAAAAUGUUUAUCCGAUCAUUGCCAGACUUACCUGAUUGAUACCUUACCGAAGAAACCAGUGCUAGGCAUUUCGUUUUAAAAUGUAUGUUUUAAUUAGCUAUAUUUUUAUUAAACUUUGUAAUUAAAA